AUUGUCACCAUAAGUAAAUGAACAAAGAAUGCACGUGUAGCCUGCAGCAUGCAGCAGGCGCUCAGUGAGUGGCAGGUUAUUAUUCCGUUUUGUUUUGUGUGCCAGGUUUAUUAUUCCCACUUAGUGUCAGCACCCCUGUGCUCGUGCCCCCCUACAAAGGGAGGGUCCAGAAGAGAAGCAUCUGUCUUGGUCCCUGCUGUUCACAGGGGGCUCGCCCUGGCUGACACAUAGCAGGACCCCGAUAAAUGAGCCACAGCUGUUAUAUGCCCAGCCAUGCUUCGUAGGGGAGGAGGGGGUCUAGUGUCCCCAUUUUACAGGAGAAAAACAGGCCCAGGUGGAGAAUGGCCCACAUAAGCUCGCACGGAGCAGGUGGCAGGGGUAGGCACUUUCGCCACACUGUGCCUCGCAGGCCCACAGGUGAGAACGAGGCCACCAAGACACUCUCUCGCAGAGGUGACCUAACAGGUUGGAUGUGCCGGGCCUCUAGCCAUGUGCAGCCUCUCUACCUGGCUCCCGGAAGGAACGGGGGCCCAGACAGCUUUUUCCACACCAGAGGCUCACAUUACAACGCACAGACUUCCCGGAGGGCAGCCUGUCACAUCACCUGGUCGCAGGCUCGGAAUGCAGCCCUGCACCUUUAAAUUCGGACUGCGUCAGGGAGUCCCUCCCCGAAGGGAGCGCGUCUGUCGGCUGGGGGGCGGGGCCUGCCCUUCAUUGGCUGAACCGCGCAGUAUUUUGGCACCUGUGCUCCGAACUCGGCGCUCCGAUUGGACUUAGGGCCUGCUUGUCUGCGUGCUGCGAAGUCCGCGGCCGCCCCCGGGGGCCCUCGACGUCGGGUUCCAGGGUCCUCUCACGUUCCAGUCUCAGGCUGGUUCGAGCUCAGGGACCGUGGUCCCGCGGCCUCCUCCGGUUGUUGUGCGGAAGCUGCGACGCAGGCAGACCAUGGCAGAGUUCUCCCAGAAACGGGGGAAGCGGCGUGGCGACGAGGGGCUGGGCAGCAUGGUGGACUUCCUCCUGGCCAAUGCCCGCCUGGUGCUGGGCGUGGGCGGGGCUGCUGUGCUGGGCAUUGCCACCCUGGCCGUGAAGCGGUUCAUUGACAGGGCCACUAGCCCACGGGACGAGGAUGACACCAAGGGAGACAGCUGGAAGGAACUGAGCCUGCUCAAGGCCACACCACACCUGCAGCCCCGGCCUCCACCUGCUGCCCUCAGCCAGCCAGUGUUGCCCUUGGCCCCCUCGCCCUCUGCCCCAGAGGGGCCUGCAGAAACUGGUCCUGAGGUGACACCACAGCUCAGCUCCCCAGCACCGCUGUGUCUGACACUGCAGGAGAGGCUGCUGGCCUUCGAGCGGGACCAUGUGACCAUCCCAGCAGCCCAGGUGGCUUUGGCCAAACAGCUGGCUGGCGACAUUGCCCUGGAGCUGCAGGCCUACUUUCGGAGCAAGUUCCCGGAACUGCCCUUUGGGGCAUUUGUGCCUGGGGGGCCGCUGUAUGAUGGGCUGCAGGCAGGGACCGCGGACCAUGUGCGUCUCCUGGUGCCACUGGUGCUGGAGCCGGGCCUAUGGAGCCUGGUGCCGGGCGUGGACACUGUGGCGAGGGACCCUCGCUGCUGGGCCGUGCGCAGGACUCAGCUUGAGUUCUGCCCCCGCGGGAGCAGCCCCUGGGACCGCUUCCUGGUCGGGGGCUACCUCUCUUCACGCAUCCUGCUGGAGCUACUCCGCAAGGCGCUGGCUGCCUCUGUCAACUGGCCGGCCAUUGGCAGCCUUCUUGGGUGCCUGAUCUGGCCCAGCAUGGCCUCAGAGGAGCUGCUGCUCGAGGUGCAGCACGAGCGCCUGGAGCUCACCGUGGCUGUGCUUGUGGCAGUCCCUGGGGCCAAUGCUGACGACCGCCUCCUCUUGGCCUGGCCCCUGGAGGGGCUGGCGGGGAACCUCUGGCUGCAGGACCUGUAUCCAGUGGAGGCUGCAAGGCUGCGAGCCCUGGACGACCAUGACGCUGGGACCCGCCGUCGGCUGCUGCUGCUGCUGUGUGCUGUCUGCCGUGGCUGCUCGGCCCUGGGGCAGCUGGGCCGGGGUCACCUGACCCAGGUGGUCCUGCGUCUGGGGGAGGACAAUGUGGACUGGACGGAGGAGGCCUUGGGUGAGCGCUUCCUGCAAGCCCUGGAACUGCUCAUCGGCAGCCUGGAGCAGGCCAGCCUGCCCUGCCACUUCAACCCCAGCGUGAACCUCUUCAGCAGCUUGCGUGAGGAGGAGAUUGACGACAUUGGCUAUGCGCUGUACAGUGGCCUACAGGAGCCCGAGGGGCUGCUCUAGGUGGGUGGGAACGGGUGGCUGGCAUGUUUUCUAAUGCUGGGAAGCUGCGCCCACCUCCCUUCCGGGGAUUUGAAUAGUGGUUUUUCUCUAGCUUUUAGCCAGAACAAAAGAGGGUACAUUACUUAAACCCAGGGCAUCGGGAUGUGCUUGGGCUAUGGUGGCCGUAAACCCUGAGCCCAGAGAGCUUGGGUCACUGUCACCUGAGUACGGCUGGGCUGGCUCAGGCAGCUUGGAGUGCCAGCCAUUUCUGCAAGCACCUUUACAGCCCUUGGGGCCAACCCCAGGACCUUGGCUGUGUCCAUCACCAGCAACCAAUCCACCGACAGAAUGUGGUUUCUGCCAUCCUGGGCAGAAGCUAAAGGCCAACUUCAAAUUUCUGCUGAGAGAAGGCGACUUACCGCCUUCUCCGGCCCCAGCUCCAGGCGUUUUGAGGCCUCUGGUGCCUGGUGGUAGGUAUGGUGUGUUUGUUCUGUCCCCCGGGCGCUGGAGUCACCUGGUGUGCCUGAAUGACAGCUUUUUGGCUGUUAAAGGAUGGCGUUUUCCUGCUGUCUUCUGUGCGUUUAGUUUUCUUGUGUUCUCGAGCCCUGGAGCAGGAGCUCAGUGUGACUUGCUACCCACCUGAUACCUCAGGGCAAGGCCCUUUUUCCCUCCAGCCAGGUGAGUGUUUUCUUCAAGCAGCUGAGGGCCCUGGGGCAUAUCACUGGAGCUGUUCCAGGCCCCACUGGAGAGCAGAGGGCCUGAUCCCCCACCAGAGAGGUCCAGUGCACAGAGCCGGCCGCCCAGUGUGCCAAAAUGAACUGCUCUCAGCCGAUGGCUGUAUUCUGACUUUGAAGCCCGUUAGAGGUAGCAGGGGGGCUAGAGGAGGGAGAUUCCACCUCCCUUCCCAAGUGACCCUCCUCCUGCCUCUGGUAUCCUUCCUGCUGAAACGAAGCUCUGCUUCGAAGAGGUGAACAAGAAUAAAAGAAAAUUCUAACAUG